UCUAUGAGUAAUUGUACACAAUCUGCAUUGGCAUCGUUAACGUGUAAAUUUUGCAUAGAAACGGGCACUGGAUCGCUCGAAAUAACUAAUUUAUCGUAUAUUUCAUGUUCAUAACGAUACAAUAAUGUCUACCCUUAGAAAUUUAACUGUUAGUGGGGAGAGGACGUCUGGAGAUACAGUGAGGACACAAAAUGUAAUGGCUGCUGCUGCAAUAGCCAACAUUGUGAAGAGCUCACUGGGUCCUGUAGGACUGGACAAAAUGUUGGUCGAUGAUGUUGGGGAUGUGACAGUAACAAACGAUGGUGCAACAAUCCUCAAACUUCUAGAAGUGGAACAUCCAGCUGCUAAGAUCCUGGUAGAGCUCGCUGAUCUUCAGGACCAAGAGGUUGGAGAUGGAACAACAUCAGUGGUCAUCAUUGCUGCUGAACUGCUAAAGAAUGCUGAUGAGCUUGUCAAACAGAAGAUUCACCCCACAACCAUCAUCAGUGGAUACAGAUUAGCAUGCAAGGAAGCCUGCCGUUACAUCCAAGAGCAUUUAACGAUCAGUACAGAUGAUUUAGUGAAAGAGAGCAUUAUCAAUGCAGCUAAGACGUCUAUGUCAUCAAAACUUAUUGGAAGGGAUCCUGAGUUCUGGUCUGAGAUGAUCUAUGAUGCCGCUCAGGCUGUGAAGACCACAGACGCUAAGGGAGCCACCAAGUGCCCCAUCAAGGCUAUCAACCUCCUCAAGGCUCAUGGCAAGAGCUCUAAAGAGACCAUCCUUGUUCCGGGAUAUGCUCUCAACUGCACCGUAGCAUCUCAGGCAAUGUUGAAGAGAAUCGUAGGUGCGAAGAUAGCCUGUCUAGACUUCAGUCUUCAGAAGACUAAGAUGCAUCUAGGUGUCCAUGUCAUCGUAGACGACCCAGAGAAGUUGGAUGCUAUCCGUCAAAGGGAGUCUGACAUCACAAAGGAGAGGAUUAAAAAGAUCUUAGAUGCUGGAGCCAAUGUGAUCCUGGCCACCGGUGGUAUCGAUGACCUCUGUCUCAAGUACUUUGUAGAGGCAGGUGCCAUGGCCGUCAGGAGGUGCAAGAAGCAGGAUCUCAGGAGGAUCGCCAAGGCUACAGGAGCUCAACUGCUCGUCACCCUGGCUAACUUGGAUGGUGAGGAGACGUUUGAAGCUGCCAUGCUUGGACAGGCCGAGGAGGUGGUACAGGAACGUGUGUCAGAUGACGAACUCCUUCUCAUCAAGGGACCCAAGGUCCGCAGUGCAGCAUCCAUGAUCCUGCGUGGAGCCAAUGACAACCAAUGCGACGAGAUGGAGCGAUCCGUUCAUGAUGCCCUCUGUGUAGUCAAGCGUGUCAUCGAGAGCAAGUCUGUGGUCGUAGGAGGAGGAGCCGUGGAAUCGGCCCUCUCCAUCUAUUUGGAGAAUCUAGCAACCUCACUGAGUUCUCGUGAGCAGUUGGCGAUUGCUGAGUUUGCCAACUCUCUCCUGGUCAUUCCCAAGACGCUCGCAGUCAAUGCUGCCAAGGACUCUGUGGACCUUGUGGCUAAGCUCAGGGCUUACCAUAAUACAUCCCAGCUACAGGCAGGCCACUCACAUCUAAAGUGGAUUGGUCUUGACCUGGUCAAUGGAGUCGUACGAGACAACAAAGCGUGUGGCGUUCUUGAACCCGCCAUCUGCAAGGUCAAAUGUCUGAAGUUCGCCACUGAGGCCGCCAUCACCAUCCUGCGUAUUGAUGACCUCAUCAAGCUCGACGCCGAGGAACCACCUCAGGGUCACCCAGGAGGUCAUCCAGGCAUGGGCGGCAUGGGCGGCAUGGGCGGCAUGAUGUAACCUUUGACCUCUCGGCUGAUGUAAAGUUGACCUUUGACCGUCUAGAGGAGAUGGUUGGCUUCUAUGUAUUUAUCAUAAUGAGUGGCAUGUGGUCCCUAUGUUGUAAUGAUCAGCCAUCUUCUGAAGUGGAAGAUGAUGAUUAUUAUGUUCAGUGCAAGAUUUUUUUUUCAUGGAAUUUAUUGCUUUAACCAUUAAUUGUGCUAUCUCAUCCUUUGUGAUCACAUACAGUCCACUUCUUGAGAACGAAAAUUUCUAAAAGUGAAAAAAGUCUGAGAUAGCAUAUUUUGUGGUUAAAGUCAUUGAAUCCAAUGAUUACCUUGUGAAGAAUAUUUGAUAUAUGCAGUUUAUGAUAAACCUUUUGGUAGGUGUCACAAAAUGAAUGCAGUCUGUUUGUUUAAAAAUAAUAAAUUGUAUGUGGUGUGAAAAAAAUACUAGUCCUGCAAAUAAGCAUUUGAAUAAAUUUCCCCCAAGAUAGUGGACAGGUUUGAGUAAAAGUGAAGGGUUGCUAUGAGAUCAACCUGAGGCUACUACAUCACUGUGACAUCACAGUGUCACUCUGUGUUCUACAUAUAUCACAGUGAAUAUUAAUUAUUGCAACAUCCUUCUCAUAUCACUUAGAGGUCACUCCCUCUCUUAGACACCAGAAUAGUGCACAAUGCAAUGCUUUUAAAAGUAGUUUGUUGUAGGGGAAAUUGAUCAAAACAGAACCUGCAAGUGCCUGUUCAAGCUUGUAAUGUAUAAUCUCUCUUUUUUCAUUUAAUCAUCCUUAGGAAAUUAUCUUAUCCUUGGUUUCGUUUCAUGACAGAACAGUACAUGUACACUUCUCGCUAAAUUUAAUCUCCCUUUCCGCCAAACUUAAAUCACAUGUUUUCAUCCAUCACAUGUUUUGAUCUCUAGGCAGUUACAGGAAUGUCUCACUGACCACAAGCUUCCUUACCCUCUCUCUCCCUUUCUUUUCUCUCUCUCUCUCUCUCUCUCUCUCUCCCUCCCCCCCCUCCUCUCUCUCUCUCUCCCUCCUCUCUCUGUCUCUCUCUCCCUCUCGGUCAUGAGGUGUAUUCACUUGACCUUAAGUGGGUCAUUAAAAGCCUUGUGGUUAGACUUGAUGAUUAAGAUCACAGACCACGGGACCAUGAUGACCUUAGCAACAACACUCGAAGUAACCAAACAGUGGCACAAAGAAAGGGUAGUUUUCAGACAUAAAUGAACACUUGUUGGUCUGAAUGUUAAGUAUAAGAAUAGGGCCCUCUCCCAUUGAGAGUUGCGAUUAAUCUAAAUUGAUUGUAUUUCAACUCAGGACUCAAGUUUGAUAUCAGUCGCAACUGUGUACAUUAGAAAUAUGCAGUUGCAAAUUUGUGAUUGAGAAGAGAAUUGAUUGAGAUUGAUUGCAAGAUGGGGCCUUUAUAUGUUCAGUUUCACCAACUUUUCUCUCAGUGGCCCUGCAAUGUAACAUUAAACUAAAUCACUAGGAGCUUUGUUCCAAGUGCAAGAUGUACUUGAUGUACUUGUCUCAUGCUCGUAAGUAUUUCCUAAUGCUAUUUUUUCUUCAUUUAUAUGAAAGAAAAGUGAAUUUGGUUACGAUUGUGAUUAAAUCAAAGAGAAAAGGUCCAUUUCUGUGAGAGAAGUAUCUGGGAUCACCUGUCUUGUGUGUCAGCUCAUGGAAUGACAUUUCGAAACUCAUUCCAUAUAAAAAUAAAUUAAACAAAAGAAAUCCCUGUACUUAUAUUGUGCUCAGAAUAGAUAGUGCUGUGAAAAUAUUAACUAUUGUGAAGUGUUAAUGUUAUUUGUAUUGGCAUUUUGUGAAUGCUUUGAGUGAUAAUACAAUGUACAAAAGUGCACAUGAAGUGAUUUGCUUCAUUCUUUUUUUCUUAUUGUUUUUGUACUACUGGUAUUAAAGCCUAAAUGUUUGAACUCUCAA